GGCGCGGGGGCGGGGCGCCGCGGCUGAACUUCCAACAUGGCGCACGCUGGCGGCGGGGGUCCCGCCGGCCGGGGGCUCAGCGGCGCCCGCUGGAGUCGCUCGGGCUCCGCGGGCCACGAGAAGCUGCCGGUGCACGUGGAGGACGCCCUCACCUACCUGGACCAGGUGAAGAUCCGCUUCGGCAGCGACCCCGCCACCUACAACGGCUUCCUGGAGAUCAUGAAGGAGUUCAAGAGCCAGAGCAUCGACACUCCCGGAGUCAUCAGACGCGUGUCCCAGCUCUUCCACGAGCACCCAGACCUCAUCGUCGGAUUUAAUGCCUUCCUUCCCCUCGGAUACAGGAUAGACAUUCCCAAGAACGGCAAGAUAAACAUUCAGUCACCUCUAAUGAGCCAGGAGAACUCGCACGGCCACGGCGACUGCACGGAGGACUUCAGGCAGCAGGCGCCGUACAAGGAGGACAAGCCCCAGGGGCCGCUGGAGUCGGACUCCGUAGAGUUCAACAACGCCAUCAGCUACGUGAACAAGAUCAAGACCCGCUUCCUGGACCACCCCGAGAUCUACAGGUCCUUCCUGGAGAUCUUGCAUACGUACCAGAAGGAGCAGCUGCAUACCAAGGCCCGGCCAUUCCGGGGCAUGUCGGAGGAGGAGGUCUUCACGGAGGUGGCCAACCUCUUCCGCGGCCAGGAGGACCUGCUGUCCGAGUUCGGGCAGUUUCUGCCUGAGGCCAAGCGCUCGCUGUUCACAGGCAGCGGGCCAUGCGAGGUGAGCGGCCCCCAGAAGAGCGAACGCGAGAAGGGCCUGGAGCACGGCCGGAAGCGGGCUCGGCCCUCCCUGCUGCGGCCCGUGUCUGCUCCCGCCAAGAAGAAGGUGAAGCUGCGGGGGACCAAGGACCUGUCGCUGGCCGCCGUGGGCAAGUACGGGACGCUGCAGGAGUUCUCCUUCUUUGACAAGGUGCGUCGGGUGCUCAAGAGCCAGGAGGUCUACGAGAACUUCCUGCGCUGCAUUGCACUCUUCAACCAGGAGCUGGUGUCGGGUGCUGAGCUCUUGCAGCUUGUCAGCCCGUUCCUGGGGAAGUUCCCGGAGCUCUUUGCACAGUUCAAGUCCUUCCUGGGGGUGAAGGAGCUGUCGUUUGCGCCCCCGCUGAGCGAACGCUCUGGGGACGGCAUGAGCCGUGAGAUCGACUACGCAUCCUGCAAGCGCAUCGGGUCCAGCUACCGGGCGCUGCCCAAGACCUACCAGCAGCCACGGUGCAGCGGGAGGACGGCCAUCUGCAAAGAGGUUCUGAACGACACCUGGGUCUCCUUCCCCUCCUGGUCGGAGGACUCCACCUUCGUCAGCUCCAAGAAGACGCCGUACGAGGAGCAGCUGCACCGCUGUGAGGAUGAGCGGUUCGAGCUGGACGUGGUCCUGGAGACCAACCUGGCCACUAUCCGCGUGCUGGAGAGUGUGCAGAAGAAGCUGUCGCGCAUGGCGCCCGAGGACCAGGAGCGCUUCCGGCUGGACGACGCGCUGGGCGGCACGUCCGAGGUGAUCCAGCGGCGCGCCAUCCACCGCAUCUACGGCGACAAGGCCCCCGAGAUCAUUGAGAGCCUCAAGAAGAACCCAGUUGCUGCCGUGCCCGUUGUCCUGAAGAGGCUGAAGGCCAAGGAGGAGGAGUGGCGGGAGGCACAGCAGGGCUUCAACAAGAUCUGGCGUGAGCAGUAUGAGAAGGCCUACCUCAAGUCGCUUGACCACCAGGCCGUGAACUUCAAGCAGAACGACACCAAGGCCCUGCGCUCCAAGAGCCUGCUCAACGAGAUCGAGAGUGUGUAUGACGAGCACCAGGAGCAGCACUCCGAGGGCCGCAGCGCGCCAGCCAGCGAGCCGCACCUCAUCUUCGUGUAUGAGGACCGGCAGAUCCUGGAGGAUGCGGCGGCGCUCAUCAGCUACUACGUGAAGCGGCAGCCGGCCAUCCAGAAGGAGGACCAGGCCACCAUCCACCAGCUGCUGCACCGCUUCCUGCCCGGCCUCUUCUCGCAGCAGCAGCAGCAGCAGCAGCCCGAGCCCGGCGUCUCCGACGACUCGGCCGACGAGGCUGCCCUGGCCACGGACCCUGGCGGUGGGGGCGGCACCCGGAGGAAGCCAGGGCCGCAGGGCGGCGCCCCCGAGGAGAAAGACAGGGACAAGGACAGAGGGGCCCCCGGGGAGGCGCCGGCCCCUGAGCGGCCCCCACCGCUGCCGCCCAAGGCGCUGGACGAUGUGUACAGCCUCUUCUUCGCCAACAACAACUGGUACUUCUUCCUGCGGCUGCACCAGACGCUGUGCGCACGGCUGCUGAAGAUCUACCGGCAGGCGCAGAAGCAGCUGCUGGAGCACCGCACCGAGAAGGAGCGCCAGCAGCUGCUGUGCGGCGGCCGGCGCGAGAAGGCCGGGGACCCAGCCAUGGAGCUGCGCCUCAAGCAGCCCAGUGAGGUGGAGCUAGAGGAGUACUACCCAGCCUUCCUGGACAUGGUGCGCAGCCUGCUGGAGGGCAGCAUCGACCCCACGCAGUACGAGGACACGCUGCGCGAGAUGUUCACCAUCCAUGCCUACAUUGGCUUCACCAUGGACAAGCUGGUGCAGAACAUCGCGCGGCAGCUGCACCACCUGGUGAGCGACGACGUCUGCCUGAAGGUGGCGGAGCUGUACCUGGGGGAGAGGACGCGCGGGGCGGCUGGCGGGACCCUGUCCUCCCGCUGCGUGCGCGCCGCCCGCGAGACGAGCUACCAGUGGAGGGCCGAGCGCUGCAUGGCCGACGAGAACUGCUUCAAGGUGAUGUUCCUGCAGCGCAAGGGCCAGGUGAUCAUGACCAUCGAGCUGCUGGACACGGAGGAGGCCCAGACCGAGGACCCCGUGGAGGUGCAGCAUCUGGCGCGCUACGUGGAGCAGUACGUGGGCACCGAGGGUGCAUCCAGCUCGCCCACAGAGGGCUUCCUGCUGAAGCCCGUGUUCCUGCAGAGGAACCUGCGGAAGUUCCGGCGCUGGCAGUGCGAGCAGGUGCGAGCUCUGCGUGGUGACGCCCAGGGCCCCUGGCGGCGGCUGGUGGGGGUGGAGAGCGCGUGUGACGUGGACUGCCGCUUCAAGCUCAGCACCCACAAGAUGGUGUUCAUCGUCAACUCCGAGGACUACAUGUACCGCCGCGGCACGCUCGGCCGGGCCAAGCAGGUGCAGCCCCUGGUGCUGCUCCGCCACCACCAGCACUUCGGGGAGUGGCACAGCCGCUGGCUGGAGGACAACGUGACCGGGGAGGCGGCCGGCCUGGUGCGGGACUGGCUCAUGGGCGAGGAGGAUGCGGACAUGGUGCCCUGCAAGACGCUGUGUGAGACGGCCACGGUACACGGCCUGCCUGUCACGCGCUACCGUGUGCAGUACAGCCGCCGCCCGGCCUCGCCCUGAGCGCCCUGAGCCUCCUGGCCUCCUGGCCAAGGAAGGGGGCGGGGGCAGUGGUUCACGCCACCUCCCUAGCUCCGGCUCCAAGUCUGGUCUCGGAUGCACGGGGGUGGGGACUGCAGUGGGGGCAGACCCCGGCCAGUGUCCGAGAUGUCACGGGGAUCCAGCCUUGCUGGCCACGGGUGCAGGGUCGGUCACUGAGAGGAGGAGUUGCAGGCGACGUCCUUGCUCCUCCGGUUGCACACGUUUAUUCCUCUGUCCCACAUCGUGGUCGCAGCUCGAGCAGCAGCCAGGGCGCCUGGGCCCCCCCUUGCCUCUGCUGCGCACAGGGUGCUGGGGUGCUGGGACCUGCGGCGUGCGGGGGCCUGGCCCCUCACUGCCACCCAGAGCCCAGGGGGACCAGGUGGCCCUGUGCUCAGCCCCUUCCUGCAGCAGAGCUGUGCCACACUGGGCGCCGCGGAUCCCUGGGAGCCAGCGCCUGCCCCGUGUCCCCGCUGCCAGCAGCACCUUGGACGCCCCCGUCCCAGGAAGCAGGUUGAGUGGGGACGUGGGUGACGCUGAGCCCCGCAUGCCUCUCGGAUGCCUGUUCAUUUUGAGGAUUUCUGUUCUGGCCUUGAUACCCCUUCGCAGCUGUUUUGAAUGUAGUUUUCCUUUUCUAUUUAUUUGCACAUGAAAAUUACAAAUUAAACAUUGACGGGGA